CAGUUCAAAUUCAACAUUCACCUCGCGCGCACUUCACGAUGCUGUAAUUAAAUUAAAUAAAAAAAAAAUUAUUUAUAAAAAAAAAUAUUUUUGAUCAAAGAUCGAACUUCUCUGAACUGAACAAUAAAACAAAAAUAAAUUUGACCCACUUAAUUGCCGACUGAUUAGUUUUUAUAAAUAAAAAAGUUACAAAAAAAGUUUAAACAAGUGUGACAGAAAUUGCAACAUAAUUAAAUAAUAUUUAUUAGACUGAACUAUUAUUAAAAAAAUUUUAUAAUAAAUUAAAAUUGAACAAAAAAAAAGUUGCAUUAAUUUUUCGAUCAACAAAAAAAAAUCCUUUAACAGUUUCGAAAGUAAACAAAAACAAAAAACAAUCGAAAGAGCUAAAAAUAAAAUUAAAUUGUGAGACAAAAAUAGAAAAAGUGUUGGUAAACAGAUAAUUCAGAUCGCCAAACGUGUCAGAAAACUUGCCGCUAUUUUCCGAAGAUUGCUCGUCACACGUGUGUUCUGGCGGGCAAAUUGCAACGACGCAAAUAAUUGCCGCUUCUGUGUCCUACCCAAGGGUCAAUUAAUUAAUUAAAAAAAACAAGAAAACAACAAAUUACCACUUAAAAUGGACAUAUCUCACCGAGGAGCCGAUUACGAAGUGCCAAAAGCAACAGUUGAUGGCGAAUCCCAUGGAGUAAUCGUUUUAGUAGCUAUCGGUGCUGGAGCGAUUUUAGCUUCGAUCAUUCUCAUUAUUUUAGUUACCGUCAUUGAAAGAUCUAAAAAAAAACAACCAAAAAUCAUCCCUCGAAGCAUCUCUCCGAUAAAAUUUGACGAGCCAUCUACAAGUUCUUCCACAGACCAAGGAUUCAAUCAGAGCAUUAGCACCAUCAGCGAUCGCGUUUCCAUGGCAUCCGACAAAAGUUACUGCUCUGGCGUCGUCGUAAUUGAAGGUCAAAAAUGUUGCUGUCAAAAAAUACCGAAAGCUCUCUCCCAGAUUAGCGUUUCAAGUGGCAUCAGUACUUCAUCGGAGAUUACGAAUAAUUUUCCACGAACAAAAGAAGAAAUGGAAUUGCAUGAAAUUGUGACAAGAUUUUAAAUUAUUUGGAUUUUUUGUAUGUUUUUUGAAUGAAUUUGCAUGAAAAAUUAAAUUAAGAAUUAAUUAUUUAAUAAAAUUUAUA